GAACAACAUCGAGUCACUCUGGCCUGGUACUACGGCACGGCUAGUCUUGUCUUGUCGGUCCGACGUUAGUCUCAAAUCAGUCUGUGAACGAAUAACACGCAAACCAGCGGUGUUCCUCCUUCAUCACCAAUCGAGGUCGCGUGUCAAUUGAAUAUACAAUUCCUCUAAUACCAAACCAAUUUUUAGCAAAACAAUUGACAUUUGUGAAGUGAAAAUAGCUACCAAAAAAACUGUCAAACCGGACUAAAUAACGACGGAAGUGAAAUACAAAAAAAAAAAACAUAACAAAGCGUGGAAUACUAGAUAGCACUCAAUGUAAAGUGUCUAAAAAAGGAUUACAACGACAACGGGUGCAGUGCAAGGAUUCGUAAAACAAGUGCAACAGCAGAAAACCGGUGCAAAACACGAGAAGAAGCAUCGCAGAAAAAUUCCGGUGUGAAAGUGAAACCCCUCUGAGGCUUUUUUAUUUUACGCGGAAGUGUGGGGCAACAAGCCUCCAGAGACAUCUUAAUUACAAAAUAUUUAACAGCUCUCCCGAAAAUAGAGUGAAGCGUGUGAAUGGAACGGACGAUUAAAAGCCCGAAUUGGCAACAUAGAGUGUGAAACGCGUACGUCGUACUCUACAACAACAAGAAGUGCGAACGGCGGCGAGAGAACGACGUGUAAUAGGAGAAACAACAAACAAAAAAUAAAGUGGCAUCUAGUGCUGGCUGAGGAGUAACAAAUCUCUGCGGUUCGGUGUGGUGUCUUGAAACGGUUAAUAAGAAACAGCUAACGGCAAGGUCGUAUCUCGCGCGAACGUUACCACCGAGUGCUGCCGAAGUGUGUGCGAAAGCAAAGACGAAGAAACGACGGUGGCCGCGGUGCACGAACGACCUGAUGAAGUAGGAAACACGGCACAAAAGGUGCUGUGCAAGGAAAGGCUUGAAUUUGCCGUUCGAAGCGUAGAAGAAGUAGAGAGAAGCAAGCAAAAAAGUUGAUUGAGAGCCCCUCCAACACCUCCCUGAUUAUCGGUGAGCAGCAGCUGAGUUGGGACCUCCAAAUCACCCAAUUCCAAUAGUUUUGGUUUGAAUUCAAACCGAUCGAAAAGUGAGUGAAUCAUUUUCUAAAAAAAGGGUUUUUGAACAAGAAGCAUAAGCUAUCCUGAAUCGAAGGCCAAAUAUUGGCUGUUUGUGUGCGGUUUGAGGCAAGGCUAAUCAUAGACCAAUAGUUAAAAAGUGACAAUUUCAUCUCGCUCAAAGCGCGAGAACCAUAGAACUUCUGGAGUGUGAGCGACGAACGAGCUUGCGGUUUGACACUGAACGCGCUAGCUAACUAAUAGAGUUGCAUCGAGCUCCCUCGGCUGGUAGUCGAAGCGUAAAGUAGACAAGGAGGAAUUAGAAAAAAAAACCCUAGUUCAUUGUGAAAUCUAUCUCGCCGGAGACUGAAUGUGUGUAGUGUGGUGAUUUAACAGAAGAGAAACUAUUUAUGGGCUGCAAGCGCACAAGUGGACGACGACGUUCAUGAAGUGACGUGCCGGCGCAGCCCCGCAGCACUAUUGAAGGCGAAGUGAGGAGCGAGAUAUGAAUUAAUCGUUGCCACCGAGAGAUAGAAGAAGCUUAUCCAAUAAACCCCAGAGUUGAAAGAAGUACGAAGCCUCGGAUCAUCUUCGUGUGGUCAUCCUAGUAGCCUAUAUAGCUCAAACCAAAUCAAUAAUAACAAAGUGACAAAAAUAUGACUCUGCCGACCAACAACAAUCAGAGCAACAACAACAACAACGCCGAUGACGAUUCGGACAUUUUCGGACCACCACACACCUCGCCCCCGAUCCGCCGUAAUCGACCAAAGGUUCCGAUGAUUUCGGCGCAGCUUCGGAUGCGGGAGGUCCGCAAGCGGAUCCUGCAGCUCUGCGUGCACAAGCUCGAGCGCAUCAAGGACUCGGAGCGGAAUCUGCGCCGUUCGGUGUGCAUCAACAACACCUACUCCCGGCUGACCGACGACAUCAGGCGCGAGAAGCAGAACAAGUAUCUGAUGCUGAAUCAGCUCGUCAAGUCUGAUAAUGAUUUAAAGAACAAUGAUAGUGCAAACAACAAUAACAACAACGUAAAUAAUAAAAACAAUGAAAACCGUAACAAUAGCAACUACCAGCUCAAAAGCGAGAGUAAGAACAAUGACAGUAAUAGCUUUAACAACAACAAUGAAGUAACCAAGACGCCAAAGCGAACAACCUCAGUGGAGACUGAUCUGGAGACGUUGGACCGAGAACUUUGCGCUCUGGAUGCCGCUAUGCCCCUGGUGGAUCCAGAAAUAACCCAGAACGCGGAGAAACUGGAACAGGUUUCUCGGAAACGCAAAUUCUCCCAGAUGGAUGACGAUGACAACGAUCGGCUGGUGCGAGAAGCGCUGUCGCAGUUUUAUCUUCCAAGCCAUCGCCCACUUACCGGUAUUGACGACUACCCAUCUCACCUGUUGGGCUCCAACAACGUAACGCCUUCAGUGCCAGUAUCUCUGUCGCCUUCCAUCGAUAUUAAACGCACCAAAGUAGAUCUCCUCGACGGCAGCAGUCAUCACCAUCAUCAUCAUCAUCAUCAUCACCACAGCAGCCACCUCCAGCUUCACAACCAUCAUCCCUUUCACUCGCUACCGGACCUGAACGUGGCGCUUGAGCUUUCGAGCCAAAAUCACCACCAUCAUCACCAGAAAGACUUCGAAGUGAUUAUGGACGCACUGCGGAUAGGUGCCGCAGCCGGAAACACAAUGAACGGUCCAGGUGGGUCCAGCUGCAAUAUCGGUCUCGGUAACAUCGAUUCGUGCGGACAGGCGGCGAUGAUGAUGGCCGGUGAGACGGGUAGCGUAUUCCACAAUUUGGUAGUUACUUCGCUGGAGACUUGAAAGUAGGUCACCGCUCAGAUUCCCUGUCAUGAACAGCAGCAGCAGCAGCAACAAUUCCACGGCCACCACUACUGGUCGCAACCUCAGCCAUGUCGAUGGUUCACCACCAAUGCUGCAGCAGCCUGGACAGGGAAUUAUCACUGCAGCAGCCUCAGCAAUACUAACAACAACAACAACCAUUAUUUUACCUUAGAAAGUAACAGUAGCGCCUUCAAGAAAAUUGCGUAAAGCCGCAGCCGACCGACGAGACGACGUUGAUCUUAAUUUAUUAGUACAUUGGCGCUGGCGACGACGCCACGCUUCAUUAUUUAACAAAAACAAAAAAGAUUAAAACCCAAAACACACUAUUCGAUAACUUAUAUACCACACUUCUUACCGUUUCCCAAAAAGCAAAAUUAUUACUAGUAGGUACUAGGCGUGGCAACGAACAACAUUAACAUACAAAACAAAACAAACAUUUCGAGUGCCAAUUUUCAUAUCUGCAAACAACCGAGAACACAGGUGAUCAUCGCAUGCUUAUGUGCAGCUGUAGUACUAAACAGUUGAAUAUCGUUUAAAUUGUGUCAAAGCAAUCCUAGAGGAACUGGUCCCUCUGGUGUUUUAACGCCUUCUUAUAGUGGAAAAUCAGCACAAAAGGACACAAAUAAACAAUAGAACUAAUAGAAGUGAAAACAGGUGAAUUCGAUACAGAACUUCGUGAACGCACAGCAACAACAACAACAAUUGAGCUUAGCCAGUUUCAGCUACAAAUAAUGCCGUUACCAAUUUUUCUAAGCGAAAACGAUGACGACUACGUAGUUGCUGGCAAAUGUAAGUGAAAGUGUAAGGGAAACACUCGCUAAAGAGUGCGCAAGGAAAGAUCGAUACUCGUUCGUCGGGUCGCUUGCUCACUCACUCACAGUUGUUGAUGUUAUCCAUGGUAAUACGACCUAAUGAUGAUGAUCAUCGUGAAUCAAAGCAAGCUAGCUAGCUAGGUAGCUCGUCGUCUUUCGCGCAGCAAAGUUGGUCACUUACAUUACCAUGGUUGGAUGAUUCUCGACAAAACUUAUAAGAGUCGUAAGAGAGCUGUGCGUGGAGUACUAAGUAGAUGAAGACAAAAAAAAAUCGCGUUCAAUGAGUCGAAAUUGCGUAUCGCUGUGCCUAAACUGAGAAUGGAAGUUCAAAGAUGAUGGUCCUGUUUUUUUUGUUUUCAAAUAAUUUCUUUUUUCAUCUAUUAGCUUAGAUUUCACUUUCUGAUCGAAGGCAGAGAUGCGAUUAAAGCUCUUAAACUACCGCUGAGAUCGUUCCAUUACUAAAAUAUAUUUUAUCGACUUCCGAACUUUAACAAUUCUUUAGCAUUUAAAUCCGUCAAAAGUUAGAUUAGUUUUUUUGUUUCGACCAUUUACCACCAUCAUUUGACUGUUCACUGCACAUAAGCGCCCGUUCCAGCGGAAAAAAUAAUGAUAACAUGUAUUGGCGACUAAACACAAAUUUGAAAAGAAAAUUUAUAGUAAACAUAAUCUGUGAUAUUAAAGCUAAGAAGAAAUAAGCUAGUGGUAAUAAACAAAAAACGUAGAGUUAAAAUUAAAAAAAAAAUUGAAAUCGUACAGCCUAUGGAAAAGUCGAGGCGAUUCGAAGGGAAGAAACAAAACAAAUUGCAAUUUCCAAAACAACAACACAACAAGUUGUGCAACACGGACAAACAUUUUAGGUUUCGUUGUAUGCAUACAGAAAAAAAACAUAGAGAGUCUAUCAAUUUGAUCGAACACCAAAAUUGGCCCUAACUUCUUCACCAAACAAAAAUAAUUCUACAAGCUGCCAUCUUAAGAUUGCCAUAGGUUUGACAGUUUGUUUCUAAUAACUGUGUAAAUUAACUUUAAAAACACUCAAAUUCAUCAUGUAUGCAUACAACAAAUAGGUUUCAAUUUCCCAUUUCCUAUUUCCCAAAAACAGCCAAUUAUCUUCUAAAAAAAUGAAAACAAAUAAGGACAAAGGUAAAGGACAAACCCAGAAGACCAAAGCUUGUGAUGAUGAAACAAUUCACACAAACAAAACAAAAAAAAAAACAAAUCAAAACACUUACGCACCAUCGCAAAAUAUAUGUGCAAUUGCAUGACUGGGAAUGGAAGGCAUUACUAAUUGCAAUGAGCCAAAUAAAUAAAAAUAACAACAAAAAUUCAAAACAAAAUUGAUUGUUUUUUUUGUAAAAAUUUAAAGUUUAAAAACAAACAAAAGAACAGAACAAUGGAAAGACAAACGUCAAUUGCUUUAAAUUGAAAUUUGCCAAAAUGAAAAUGUUGGAUUGCCUUUUUUAGAUAUGGUAAAGAAUUGACGAAAAACUCAAGCAACACGUUAACUGCAAGCAACAUUCCGCAAACAAACAUGAAAAAUACACACACACACAAUAACAAGUGCUGCUCUAAGCUGAGUAACAAAAAAUUGCGUAGCAAUUUACAAAAAAUAAUGGUAAAAUUUAAAAAUCGAAUCAAUUGACGAAACUUUUGCAAAUUUUAGGUUUUUAUUCUUCCCAGAAUUAAAUCCGAACGGAAAAUUUUUAAAUUCAUCGAGUAUUCGCUAUUGGAAGCCAAAGUUGUUGAAACGCAAUCUCUAUUGUGUGUGGAUACUUCUAUGCAAAAUUCAAACUUUUGGUAAGACUUUCACUUUAGCCAAAAGUUCUGUUGAUGAAACAAAAACCGUGUUGAGUUUGCAAUAGUAGUGUACUUAAAAUUUGAAUGUGAACAAAAGUAAAACAUUAUCGCUACAGAUGUUUAGGACCAAACAAUAGAACCGAGAAAAAACGGCUGUUCUUACCUCGAUUAAUUGAUUGUGUAAUAUCCAUGUGUUAUCAAAUGACAACGGCAAAGAAAUUCAAAAAUCGACUCAAACAAGCUGAUAGUUUUUUUUUUAUCAAAAAGAAACACUAAAAAGAUACCCAAAGUGCUUGAAUUUGUUGAAUUGACCUACCUUUAAACAAACUAUACUGUAAUUAUCUAGAUCAAUAAGAGUAAGUUAAAAACAAAGCAUCUUCAAAUCAAACUGUUCACAAUGCCAUUUUGUUAUUACCUACUUUUUUGGUUUAUUUUCUAUGCUGUUUUUCGUUUCCCCUCACUUCAAUCGACUGCCUUCUAAGAGCGAGAGGAUUUUAAUUUAAACAAAAAAUCCAAACUCGAGCCGUAAGACUUACUACUAUUAUUGCUAUAGCUGUUUGUUUUAGGUUUGAUUUCCGCGAAUAGUAAAUUAAAUAUUGUUUGUGCAAUUUACAUACAUCGCUCAAGAUCGAUGCACACAGAGAAGAGAAUCCCUCAAUGUUAGCCAAAUAUUUUCCUCCCAUCCUUUGGGUAGGAAAAGUUUAAUUUAUUUAACUUCAUAACUCUUGUUCAAAAGUUACCUACCUAAAUAUAUUUAUUUCAGUAGGAUGAUAUAUGCUCAUUAUGCUUGUUUCACCAAAAAAAAACACAAACUCGUUAGCAAAUCAUCCCAAAUUGUUUUACCACACGUACUCUACGUCACUCGCAUAUUCUUUUCUUUCAAGGCUUGACGAUAUUUUGUUCUACUCGUACGUUUUAUCUUCUUUUAAUUUAAAAACAAAAUAUUUAAAACCGCAAAAAAUAGUCGACCGGUUACUUAUUAGAAGAGAGCGAAAAAAAAGAGCGAACAAACUAAAACUUGUGUAAAUAUAGGUGAAGUAUAAAAAUAUCUAGUGAAUGAAUCAAGUAUCUAAACUAAAAUAAAGAAAAAAAAACUAUACAAAAAACAAAAAAAUUAAACUUUAAAAAUCUAAAGUAGUAAGAGAACUAAUUAUGAGCGACGAUUAUACACUUAAGGGUCACUUUAUUGCUGUAGUAGAUUUUUUUUUAUCUUCACAAUAAAUGUACCUGGAAAAUUGUA